AUGGAUACCAAAAUUGGUACUAUAAACAAGGUUGAUCUAGAACGCAUGGUGCUUGAUCGAAGUGCAGAGCCAACAUACCUUCCAUUAUCACUUUUGGAAGACAUCACAGAUUGUUUUUCCGAUGAUCAACAAAUUGGCAGCGGUGGAUUUUCUAUAGUUUACAAGGGAAUGGUGGGGGGAAAGAUGGUCGCUGUGAAGAAACUAUCCCAAACGAUGCAUGAGAAUAAAUUCCACAAAGAAGUUGAAUGCAUUACAAAGGCCAAGCACAAAAACAUAGUGCGUUUCCUUGGAUACUGUUCUGACACGCAAGGGAGAAUCGAAGAUUACGAAGGAAAGUUUGUCAUGGCAGAUGUACGAAACUGGUUGCUAUGUUUUGAGUACGUACCGAAUGGAAGUCUCAUCGAGUAUAUUACCGAUCCAUCUCGUGGACUUGAAUGGAGAGAGCGAUACCAAAUUAUUAAGGGAAUCUGUGAGGGACUACUUCAUCUUCACGAGAAGCGUAUCCUCCACCUAGAUCUCAAGCCUAGUAAUAUAUUGAUUGAUAUUCACAUGGUACCCAAAAUUGCUGAUUUUGGCCUCUCAAGGUGCCUUGAUAAAGACCAAACCCGUGACUUCACUUCAAACAUAUGUGGAUCACUGGGAUACAUGGCACCCGAAUUCUUCAUAGGACAAGUCACAUUUGCAUCAGACAUAUACAGUCUUGGUAUUAUAAUUAUGGAGAUUCUGACAGGAGAGAAGGGGUAUCAGGAAGAACAGGAUGUAGUUGAGAAUUGGAUGAAUCGGUUGGAGGCAGCAGAUCAAAAGGAGACGCAGUUGGAGCAAGUAAGAGCAUGCACUACGAUAGGGAUAGAGUGCAUGGACCCUAACCCAAAGAAGAGACCGUUUGCACAUCAUAUAGUCAAUAAGCUUGAUAAAACGGCAAGUAUCAUCGAAACUGGCAUCACUAGUCCAUCUGUUGAGCAUCAGGUUAGAUCCCUAAAAGAACAACACAGUCAAAGGAAAAUUGUGGAUCUUUCACUUGAGUACCUCCUAAAAGAACAACACAGUCAAAGGAAAAUUUUGGAUCUUUCAUUUGAGUAUCUCAUAAAAGAUAUGAGCGGGCGCACUAAAACGGAAGAACUCAUGGAAUUUAUUGGGGCAUUUAAAGAUCAUUGGCGGCACGCGAAAGAACAUCAAUGGUCACUACGGGGAGUGCAAGGUACAAAGAAAAAUACCAGCCAACAACAAGGGGCAAGUAUUUCUAGCUCUAACUCUGUUGUGCUCAACAAGUUGAACAUCUUUAGUACAAAAGCACGCAGGAAUUAUGCCAGGAAUGGUGGGCCUAUGCUUGAGAAGAUAGAUAUCUUGAAACUUUUCAAGAAGGAGGAGCUUAAGCCAGCUAUUAAUGACAAGAACCGUAUUGGAAGAGAUGUCUUUGAAGAAGUUUACAUAGGCCUUGUUGAUAGAGUACCAGUCAUAGUAAAGAAGCAGAUUAGUGGUACUGUGCUACAAAAUGGACAGUUUGCAAAGGAAGUCAUCAUCCAAUCUCAAGUUCUCCACAAGAACAUUGUUAGGCUCAUAGGUUGUUGCGUGGAAGUUGACAUCCCGAUGCUAGUAUAUGAGUAUCUCUCCAAAGACAGCCUCCAUGACAUUCUUCACAACAACUGCAAGGUACGUCUCAACUUGGGCGUGCGUUUAAAUAUUGCCACAGAAUCAGCACGUGGUCUAGCUUAUAUGCAUUCAAGGCACAAUAUCUUACAUGGUAAUAUUAAAUCAGAAAAUAUACUCUUGGAUGACCAUUUUGUGCCAAAGAUCUCAAAUUUUUGCAUAUCAAGGUUGACCGGGAGAGGCUACAAACACACCAGAACAGUCAAGGGCGACGAUCCUUACAUGGAUCCACUAUACCUACAAACAGGCCUACUUAGCGAAUAUAGUGAUGUGUACAGUUUUGGAGUCGUUAUGUUGGAACUUCUUACCAGGAAGAAGGCCACACACUCUGAUAAUAAUAGCUUAGUAAGGAAUUUCCUUGAGAAUCACAAGCAGGGUAGGAAAUCAACCGAGCUAUUCGAUGAGAAAAUUGCAGUGAUGGAGAAUCUGGAGCUUCUUGACAAUCUGGCACAACUUGUUGUGAAAUGCCUUAGCCAAAACUUGGAUCUAAGACCGAAAAUGAUAGAUGUUGCAAAGCGGCUCCACAUACUGAAUGAAUCUCGUGGCCAGUGGGUCUUAAGUUGA